AUGCAAUUCAUUAUAACUACAUCGAAAUUUAUUACAAAUCCACCUUAUUAAACUUAACCAAUUUUAUCAAGAGAACCAAUCACAAUACCUUAAUACAAAAUAUAAAUUGAUACCAUGACAGGUAUUUUUUUUGGAUUCACAGGAUUUGAAGCGAUACUUGGGCAAAUAGUGAAAUAUUAGCAGUAUAAAGUUAGAUAUUAGUAUUUGCAUAAAUAAAUUGCAACACAAAUGGUACUUAUUUUUUAGAUGAUUAGAGAACUUGUACUUAAAAUUGCCCAAAUGUUGGAUACUAUAAUGGACAAGUUUUAGAUCCUAUACAAGGAAACUUAAACUAUUGCUUGCAAUGUGAUAAAUCUUGCUAAACAUGUGAUGGUAAAACCUCUUAAAAUUGUUUAUCUUGUUAAAAUUCUUAUUACCUUUUCUAAAAGCAAUGUAUGGCUUGUCCUGAAUAAUGCUUAAACUGUAAUUAGGAAUUGUAAUGUUUAAGUUGUACCUAAAAAUUUCCAUAUUAUUAUGAUAACUAAUGUUUCAAAUUAUAACCAGCUAACACUUUUUGUGAUUAAAGUAAAAUUUGUAAAAAUUGUUACAAAAACUGUUAAACUUGUUAAGGAAUAACUGAAAAAGAUUGUUUAAGUUGUACCUAAUAAUUUCCAUAUUAUUAUGAGAGCUAAUGUUUCAAGUUAUAACCAGCUAAUACUUUUUGUGAUUAAAGUAAAAUUUGUAAAAAUUGUUACAAAAAUUGUUAAACUUGUUAAGGAAUGA